AUGAUUUUUCUCCUCAUCCUCUCCGCAAUUUCCCUCCUUCUCUUCUACAACUACUACUACAAGCGUCGCAAUCUCCCACCCGGCCCCGCUCCCCUCCCACUUCUCGGCAAUGUCCUCGAAUUGAUAAAACAAGAGCGUUGGGAGGACAAGUUCCUAGAAUGGAGUCGAGAAUACGGCUCCACGUUCACCUACUGGCUCGGCGAAAUGGCAUUCGUGGCGGUUUGCGAUUACAGCGACAUGCAGAAUUACUUUGUCAAGAACGCGGAGAUCUUUUCGGACCGUCCGCGCAAGAAGAACAUCCUGCACACGUAUCGGGGCGGCUCCGACGGCGUCGCCAUGGCGAAUGGCGAGGAGUGGAGGGAGCAGCGGCGAUUCGUGCUGAAAGUCUUGAGGGACUUUGGGCUGGGGAAGAAUCAGAUGGAGGAGAGGGUGAGUUAGCAACGUUAGAGGUUUCAGUCUGUCGGGAAAAUAAUGAGCAUUCUGUCGCGUCGGAAAUGGCAUCGCGACAGUGAAUUAAGAAAAUAAAUUGUGUCGUGGUAAAAUAUUAUAAAAUAAAAUUGCUUUUCACUUCAGCGAUCGGCGCACGCCAAAAAAUUCUUUCAGAAAAUUGAAAAAGCAAGGAAUCCCGGAUCAUUCAUUUUUUGCGAAGUGCCACGGAAUCAUCGAGUUAGAAAAUUUUUUUCUCUUCGAAAAAGAUUCCUUGUUUUUUCACUUUUUCUUUGACGUGCGGCGCAGCGACAUUGUGCUCAUUAUUUCCCCGACAGACUGAUAGCCGAGACAAAAAAUUAUGAUAAUUUGCAAAGGGCAGCUUUGGCGCGUGGCUGCCAAAACCGCGAAAAAGGUGCUUUGCACAGUGCGUUUUCGUUCUUUUUUGCUUACGUCGCACGAUUCCCAUUUUUCGCAGCGGCAAAUCAUUUUUUUUCACAGCGACAAAAGUUGGGGCUGCGAUAAAUUCUCAAGCCUUUUUUGUGGGCAUCCGAGACAAAAAAAAAUAUUUUUUUAAUAAAAAAAUUGAUAAUUUUGUGAUCAUAAAAAUGAAAAAGAAUUUACUAGUCUGUCGGGGAAAUAAUGAGCAUAAUUUCGCUGCGCCAAUCGCGUCGCUGAAGUGAAAAGAAAUUUGAUUUUGUCGCGACACAAUUCAUUUUCUUGGUGAUGCGAUUUUCGACGUGACAGAGUGCUCAUUAUUUUCCCGACAGAUUAAUCCGUGCCCCUGUCUCAUAGCUCUCUUCAUUUCCAAUUUGAACGACUUUCCCGCCUUAGCAGACGCAAUCAAAUCGUAUCUCCGACAAUUCCCUUGUAAAAUACAGUGGGGGACCUGAUCCAGUGGCAAAAAACGUACCAUUUUGCAUCCAGGAAGCAUCAAAAAAUGUGGCAAAAUACCUCCCUCUCCAAGUGAAAAAUCUCAGAUUUCAAAAGCGUGCCUGCUCGUUUUGUGAGGGAGCCCUUCAAAAAGAAGGGUUUUAUUUGGAGAGGGAAGCAUUUUGCCACAUUUUUGAUGCUUCCCGGAGUCAAAAAUGUACGUUUUUGCCACUGAAACGGGACCGUCACUGUACACUCAUUCUCUUGAUUUCCCACCAACCUUUCAGAUCACCGUAGAGCUCCAACUCCUCCUCGAACGCAUCAACAACGAGCUGCCUGCCGACGAAAUCGACCUCUUCAAGUUCUCGGACAUGGCGGUCGGCUCCAUCAUCAACAACAUUGUCUCCGGCUACCGGUUCACCGAAGGCAAAGAGGAUGAGUUCUAUCGGCUCAAAGAGUUGGCCUGUCGUUUGGUGAAAGCGUUUGCGUCGCCAGCCGCGAAUUUGGUGUUGAAUUCGUCGAAAUUGAUGCGAAUUCCGAUCAUAAAUGAGAAAGCCAAGGAGAGGGUUGAGCUAAUGCUCGCUUUUUACGAGUUCUUCACAAUGCAAAUCGACGCGCAUUUGAGGGAAAAUGAUUACACGCAGGAGCUGGAGCCGCACGAUUACAUUGAUGCCUUCCUAAUCGAACGGCAGAAGAGGAUUCAGAAGGUCGGUUAAGGGCCAAAAAUUUUUUUGCAAAGGUCUCAAGAGGAGGGUAUUUUACUACAGUAAUGUUGGGUUAUUGUAGUUUUCGAUUUUUUUUUGGUUUUUAAACAUUUUUUUUGAUUUUGAGCCAGAUUAUCGAAAAAAUAAAAUUUUUUUUUACAAGUAAAGUAGCACCAAGUGCGAUGCUCAGAUUUUCUUGAAAUUUUGCACAUAUGUUGAGUAUAGGUGACAUAUCAAUUCCUCCAAGUUUUAGCUCGCGCUUUGCAGGCGCAGCCGAGAUAUUCAAUAAUCUUUCCCGACGAGAGAGUACACGAAAACCGGAGAGCAAUUAGAGAAAAAACGGUUUUUGGCCAUUUCUUUGCCAGUUUUGUGCGGAAAAACGAAUUUUUUGUGGGAAAAUUAGCGCUGUGCGUUAGAAAUUGCCAUGAAAUUUUUCAUACAAAAAUUCGCAAAAAAGCGAUUUUUUCCGACUUUCGAGUUAAAAAUCUCUGUUCUUCCUUCAAAUUGCAAACUGAGAACCCCCAAUAUACCUUGUUAGGCAAUGAUAGUCUAAAUUUGUGGUACUUCCUAUCUGUCUGUCGGGAAAAUAAUGGUCGUCUCGCUGAAUCGAAAAGAAAUUUGAUUUUCCCGCGACACAAUUGGUUUUCUCAGCGGCAAUGCGACUUUCGCUGCUAUAGAGUGCUCAUUAUUUUCCCGACAGACCGAUUUUGCCUUCCCAAUCCAUCUUGGAGUUUUCAGAACGGAACCGAAGGCUAUUUCACUCUGGCCGCCGUCCGCAACAUUUGUCUCGACUUGUGGGUCGCGGGACAAGAGACAACCUCCUCAACGAUGAACUGGAUCAUCGCCUAUAUGAUCCGCUAUCCGGAAGUUCAGGAGAAAUUGCAAAAAGAGCUGGACACUGUGAUUGGAAGCGGCCGGAUUGUCGGCAACUCCGAUAAAAUGAACUUACCCUAUGCCAAUGCUGUUAUAAUGGUUGGUUCUUGAAAUUUACAAAAGAUUUUCAAUUUUAGGAGUGUCAGCGAUGCUGCAACUUGGUCGCACAGAACCUUCCACGAGCUGUUAGUGAAGACGUGCAGUUUGAUGGAUACGUUUUCAGGAAAGGAACAAUUGUCAUCCCGCAAAUCUCAGUGCUUUUUAGAAACGAAAAGGUGAGAUAGCAGAGAGAUAUCAGUCUGUCGGGAAAAUAAUGAGCACUCUGUCGCAUCGAAAAUCGCAUCGCCGGCGAGAAAAUGAAUUGUGUCGCGGAAAAAUCGAAUUGCCUUUCACUUGAGUGAUGUGACUCAUUAUUUUCCCGACAGACUGAUAUCCGUGUCUUGGUUAGUUAUUUUUAUAAAGUGCAUAGACAUUUUUCGCCGUCGCACAGUGCAUUUCAAACUUUUUCUCACGCUUGUCGCUAACGCACAGUGCAUUUCCUCUUUUCGCGCAGUGCAAACCACAAAGAUGCCGUUUGCACUGUGCAAACGACCGCUUCUGCCUCCUAAUUGGUAAAACUUUGUUGGAACUCUGCGUUACGUUUAUGUAAUUAAUAUGUGGCGGACCUGAUCCAGUGGCAAGAAACAUAGCAUUCUGCUUCCGGGAAGUAUCAAAAAAUGUAGCAGAAUGCCUCUCUCUUCAACUGAAAAACUCCGUUUUGAAGGGCUUCUUCACAAAAACGGCGGGUGCGUUUUUGAAAUCGGAGUCUUCUCACUUGGAGAGGGAGGCAUUUUGCCACAUUUUUUGAUGCUUCCGGGAUGCAAAAUGGUAUAUUUUUGGCCACUGGAUCAGGUCCGCCACUGUAGGACUUUCGCAUAUCUCUUCAGUUUUACUGUUAGAACGGACGUGAUGGACUCCUUUUUUCCGAUAUUAAUGCGACAGACAUUCUGUUGGGUUGUAGAAAAAGAUUGAUUUGUUUUCGAAUCUUUUGACAUGACGUUCCCGAGAGAAACAUAAGAAUAUUAUGGUCACUUUAAUAGACAUGCACUGUGAGAAAACAAAAGUUCAUUUUGCACUGUGCAUGUCGCCGAAAUAACUCCAGCGGCUUUACGGACCGAAAAGACAGUGCCUUACUUUUUUCAGGUCUUUCCCGAGCCCCUGAAAUUCAAUCCCGACCGAUUUAUCGACCAGAAUGGGAAGCUGCGACAAGUGGAAGAGCUGAUUCCAUUCUCGCUGGGCAAACGGAUCUGCUUGGGCGAGGGAAUGGCCCGAAUGGAGCUGUUCAUCUUCACCGCCAACCUCUUCAAUCAGUACAAGUUUUCGGCCGGAAAAGUCCCGCCAAGCCUGAAGAAAGUCAAUGGCGCUUCCACAAUGAUCGAGCCUUUCAAUUGUAAAGUCUCUUUAAGGCGACAGUAA